UUAGUUCAUAUUAGCAGGUUAGCAAAGCGGGUAUGUCUGUAUGUUUGUAUGUAUAGAUGGAUGGAUGGAUGGAUGGAGCUAGCUAGUUAUCUCUGCGAGCUCUUUUCAUCCCGUUUGUUUUUCCGGGAGGCGUAAAAUGGAAAUGAAUCAACGUUCUGGUCAUUUCAAGGCGUGUUGUUAGGUUUGAAGUGUUAGUGUUGGUUGGUGUCGUUGCUAAGAAAGACAGCUAAUGGAAGCCGAUUAAAUCGCAUUAACCUGGAAACUAUGUGGCAGCAGCACAACUGGAGGCUCCUUUAAAAUUAAUCCCUGAAAUGACUCGGAAGUGACCGUGAGGCCUUAGACACGCUGUGCUUUGUGUCGCUUUCCCGGAGAAUACGAAAUCUGCGAACACACAUGCUUCCUUUGAAGAUAAACUACCUCCGGGGCAUUGGGGAGGAAUUCUAGACGGGAUCUGGAUGAGUUUCCCAGCAGCAGCAGCGGUGUGUCGUCUCUCUGACAGACUGGAUCUGUCAGCCUCCUAGUCUUCAGUCUGUGCCAAGGCUCCAUCAUCCUGUAGCUGGACAUUCGCUUUUUCACUUUCCUUACUGUUGACCAGUGGACCGUUACUAUUCUCAUAAUCAUACUGUGGGAUUGGUUUUUUUUGUUUUGUUUUGUUUUUUCUUCUGACACCUUUUUAAAAGUUUUCUAUUUUUUAUUAGAGGUCUAUAUAUACACAAAAAAGGAAACACAUUAUAAAGCUAUAAGGUUUUUUUUUUUUCCCCUCCACUUCCGUUUGAAGGAUAUAUUAUGCACUUUUUUCAGGAUUUAUGGUUACUUGUGGUGUAAGGAUAGAGAUUUUAUCUUUAACUCGAUUACAAAAAAUAAUAUAGCAUUGAUCCUGUAUUUUGUUUAUGGUUGGAUUAUUAUUUUUUUUUCUUUCCCCUCCACGUUGUGAGCUACAGCAGUGCUGCACGUCUCAUUCAGACGUCAAACUAACGUGACUUUGCUUCCCUCUCUCUUUAUCACUUCUCCGCCACAAUAAGGAAUACUGACAUGACAGGAUAUCUCUGGCUCAUGGAGCAUUUAAGCUAUCAAUUUACUUGAGGGGAAAAAAAAAAAAAGUUUCCGAGGCUUUACAUCCAGGCCGAGAUCAUUAUCGAUUUCCAAAUCAAAAUAAAGGCAAACGGAGAAAGUCUUUGUCGAGCCUGUGGUGGGAAAAGGGCACUUCCUGGCCGUGUCCACUACUUAUGUAUUGUUGCAGCGCGCAAGAAAGUAAAAUGGACUACAAGCGACGCUUCUUGCUUGGCGGGUCCAAGCAGAAAGCGCAGCAGCAGCAGCACCAGCAAUACCCGCUGCCCGAGCUGAGCCGAGCCCUUAGUGCCCCUCUCGGGACUUCCUGCUCCACCCCGACCCCGCUGGCACCUGUAGGCUCCACCCUUUCCACUUGCCAUGAUGUUUCAGGCACAGGCAACGCCACAACCGCAAUUGCUGACAUCCAGCAAGGGAUCUCGAAGUACCUGGAUGCUCUGAACGUCUUCUGCCGCGCCAGCGCCUUCUUGACUGACCUCUUCGGCAGCGUGUUUCGCAACUCGCGCUACUCCAAAGCUGCCAUGCAGCUCAAGGACGUGCAGGAGCAUGUGAUGGAGGCGGCCGGCCGCCUCACGGCAGCCAUAAAGCCCGAAAUCGCCAAGAUGCUGAUGGAGCUCAGUGCCGGUGCUGCCACCUUCAAAGACCAGAACGACUUCAGCCUUCAGGACGUGGAGGUCCUGGGCCGCUGUUUUCUGACUGUGAUGCAAGUUCAUUUCCAGUUCCUGUCUCAGGCUCUGCAGAAAGUGCAGCCGGUAGCGCAGUCGUGCCUGGCGGAGGCGCUGGCGCAGGUGCAGGAGCGCUGCACAGGGGCUCGCAGUCAGCCCGGAGCGCUCAGCGAGCUGGAUGAGGCGGCACGCUCGUGGAAAGGGGCGGCAGAGGCAACGGCGUGUCUACGAGAGCGAGGGCGUGACGGCUGUCUGGCUGGUUUUCAGGUGCAGCAGCUCUUCUGCUCCCACAGCCCCUCUCUCCCUGACCAGCAGCUCAAAGAGCUCAACCUGAAGAUCAACAGUGCUCUGCAGGCAUACAGAUCUGCACUGGACUCCCUGGGUCACUGUGAGUACGCUCUUAAAGGAGGCUUUCACCUGAAACCCAAAGCUGUAGAAGCUGCCUUACAGGGUUGCUGUAGUGAGGCUGAGGCUCAGCAGGCAGGCCGAAUGCAGACCACAUCUCAGCCUCUCCAGUGCGAGUUACCCACAAUCCCCCUGCAGAUCGGCUCACACUUCCUCAAAGGAGUCUCCUUCAACGAGUCAGCCGCCGACAACCUCAAACUCAAAACGCACACCAUGUUACAACUCAUUAAGGAAGCGUCGGGGCAGAACGGCGUAUCGGCUCGUGACGACUCGCCCGUGACGGAGGUGCUGAACUUGGUGUGUCCCUCUACAUGGAGGGGGGCGUGCAAAACUGCCGUGCAGCUGCUGUUCGGACAGGCCGGACUGGUCGUGGUAGACACGGCUCAGAUCGAGAAUAAAGAGGCGUACGCUCCACAGAUUACUUUAGAAGGAUCCAGGGUUGUAGUGCAGGUUCCUUCCACAUGGUGUCUGAAGGAGGACCCGGCCACCAUGUCCCUGCUGCAGCGCAGUCUGGACCCGGAGAAAACCCUCGGCCUGGUGGACGUCCUCUACACCUCCGUGUUCGACAUCACCCGCUGGAAAGAGCGCAAGGAACAAGCUCUUCCCACCAUUCAGAUCCAGCUUCAGAGGGACAGCUCUGAUUACACAGUCCCUGCCGACCUCCACCCUGGCAACAGCAACAAGUCCUCCAGCGGCCUGCCAAAGACCAUAUCUAAACUCACCUCCAAGUUCACCAAAAAGGCUUCUUCCAGCUCCGGAAGUGGCGGAAGCUUCUCCAUCCCCAACACACCCUCUCGAAGCACAAGCGGCGUCGAUGAUAAACCCAAAGCGCCGUCCCAGGUUCUCCAAAUGACCGUGUCGUGUACCGGAGACUCUGGCCAGCAUGCGGCCAACGGUUCAACUCCGGAGGAGCAGGGAAUGAAUCUGCCUACGGACCAGGAAAUGCAGGACGUGAUCGACUUUCUGUCCGGUUUCAACAUGGGCAAGUCGCAGCAGGCCUCGCCGCUGGUCAAGAGGAGGAACUCGGUCGCCUCCAGCAAUGCGGCUGACCUGAAACCACCUGGCUCUGUGGCCCCACCCACUUCACAAGCACCAGUUCUUCAUGCUGCAAUCCCAUUGGCUCAAAAUCUGCCACAACAGCAGCCGCAGCAGCAACCUCCUCCUCAGCUACCAACUACACCCAAACAGCAGCAACAACAAACAGUUCCUCCACAACCACAAGCCCCAACACAGGCUUCACCUUCCCCACAGACCCUGCAGUACUACCAGCACCUCUUGCAGCAAUCCCAGCAGCCCUCGCCUGUCUCACCACAACUCCCCUCACAGCAGCCCCAGCCUCUUCCCCCACAGCAGAGGGCUCCUGGAAAGUGGCCCCAGGCUCCCCCGGGUGGGCUUUCGCCCAUCACUCACAUGACUCAGUGGACUUUGCCUGACCUGAGCUCGGACCUGUACAGCCUGGGGUUGGUCAGCACCUACAUGGACAGUGUGAUGUCAGAGGUUUUGGGUCACAAGGCACCGCCAGGGCCACGCAACAACACCUGGCCUAACCGUGAGCAAAGUGAGCAGGGUAUGUUUGGCGUACUGGGAGACACGAUGCCCUUUGACCCUGCAGUUGGCUCAGAUCCGGAGUUUGCACGUUACGUCGCUGGGGUCAACCAAGCCAUGCAGCAGAAGAGGCAAGCGCAGCAUGUCCGUCGUCCUAGCAACCCCCGUAGCAACUGGCCCCUCCCAGACGACCAGCACAGGACCUGGUCCCACCCAGAGUACUAUAGCGAGGGGGAGGCAGUGAACAGCACCUGGUCAGCCAAUCAGGGCGACUCUGCCAGCUCGAGUGAUGAAACCUCCUCAGCCAACGGAGACAGCCUGUUCUCCAUGUUCUCUGGUCCUGAUCUGGUUGCUGCAGUCAAGCCAAGAAGGAAACACAGCUGUGGUGAGCAGGAAGUGUGUACACUGCCCUCUCCUCCUCUCCACCAUACAAGUGAUGACAACAACCAGGACAGCAAAACUAAAACCUGGCCUCCAAAGGCCCCAUGGCAGCACUCCACCCACUCCAACACGAUGCCCAAUCCCAGCUCUUCCCUCUAUCAAAUGACGAUACCUUCCAGCCAAUGGGGUGACUCCAUGCAAAUUCUGCAGUCUCCUGUUUGGUCAACAGCCAGCGAGUGCUCUCCUUCUAGCGGCCUCUCGUCCGGCUUCCCGUUCACUCAGCAGCAGCAGCAGCAGCAGCAGCAGGUCUCGCAGCAUAAGGCUCUGAGUAAAGGCUUCAAGAACUUCCCUCUGAAACCUGAGCACCGGCCCUCGUACCUGCACCAGUACUGACCCCGCCCUCCACCACCUCACCUCACCUCACCUCGCCUUCCACUUAAUCGCUGUUCUGAGACCAUAGUGAUGACGUUUAUGUCAGUGAGGAAGCUAUAGACUGGUCCUAGAUCAGCGGUUAAGGGUUUUGCCACGACUGGAGUCGGUGCUGGUGUAAAGAUGAGAUGCUGCAGAUCAACAGCAUCAGUCCAUCUAAAGGAAGGUUGGACAGGACGAAUGGAUGAAGUCAGGUGGACGGUGACACCAUCGCACCCCUGCUCGCAUCACACCCGUAGCCGACACUUUACUUUGGACCGGUUCCCAAUUUUGAUAGUCCUUUAGAUGAGUGUUUUUAUAGGUGAAUUUAUAUCAAACAUUGUGGCAUUAUAUAUAUAUUUUUUGUAUUUGCCACAUCCAUGCAAGUCCCUGGUUUUCCUAACUGCCAUUCACGCCGGUUUUAGUGCAUGUGACUCCCGCUUCCAGCAGCUAGUGGUGGUGGUGUUGUUGCUUGAGCUUCCACUCCACAAGAUACUCGAGUCUAGAAAUUCCCAAAUACGUCAAAACGAAACGCGUCACUGGGAAUUCUUGAGUUUAUUUCCAGGUGGCCGUGGACUCAGAGGGCGGAUCGCGUAACGUGCUCGGGCCUAACAGGACGCGACCUUUGACCAUACUGUAUCGGGGAGGGAAAGAGGGAGGGGGUUUAAAAAGAAAAAAGCUGUAACUGCCAAAUCUCUUAUCAGAUCAGUUCGACUACAGCUACUGUUCCAUAGCGUGUAAAUGACUCCGAAGAAAAUAAAAUAAUUUUUUUUUUUUUUUAUGAAGAAGCUUUGAGCAGGCUCAGCAGAAAUAUAGUAAUCAUAGCAGAUGUGUAAAAAGGAAUACACUACUUUUUCAACAUCCGAGUUUAAAAUAGACAAAAAAAAAGUUCGCAGUAAGUAAACUAUGUGCCAUGUUGAUACAUUAAUAGCACUUGCGUAAUUAAUUUUUUCUUUCUUUCUUUCUUUCUUUUCUCUAACCAAAGCAUUGUUCAGUCAGUGAAAGGUGCUUGAUGGAUGGAAGCAGGUGGAGUUCGGUAUCCUUUAAAGAGAAAAGGCUCUCGACGUCCUGUUCUGUUCAUCAGCCGCUCACUUUCUUCUGAUCGGCUCUUGGUGACACGUAACACUAAAAAAAAAAAAAUCAGCAUAACACAAAACACGUCUGUUUCCUUUGAAAUACAAUAUAUUUCUUGUUAAAGAUAUUGACAGUAUUAAUCUUAUUUUUGUAUUUUCUUAUGUUAUACCAUUACUGUAUAUGUUAACAUAAUAUAGGCUUAUUAAGUAAAACGUUAUAUUUCCCCCCCAUGAUGUGAAAAGCACACUUUUUUUUUUUAAACUAUCUAUCCACAAAAAAAAAAAAUUACCAGAACAAACACUAAAGCCCGUUAUAAGAUUGGGGUGGUUUGGUUGGGUUCGUUUUGGGGUUUGUUUUUUCCCCCCUUCAGUUUCUGGCUGUAUUGCAUUUCAACUGCCCAGGAUAUUUUUUUUUUGUGACAUUUGUGGAUGCCAAUGUUGCCUGUAUUUAUGAUAUGACCAUGUUUUCUGAAACUAACAUACUUAACAUGUUUACAGAGAAUCGUUUGCUGUAUAUAAAAUAUAUCUUUUUAUAGUUCUGUGCUUUGCACAAUCAAAACCAUAGGGGGUGUUGCUUGGUCUCUGUUCUCGCCCAAAACUGUUGCAACCUUUUUUUCUUUUUAAAAAAAAAUCUUUAAAGACCUUGGACUGUAACCAUUAGCAUUACUCAGCUGUGUCAGAAAUGGUUUACUAGUGGCUUCAUAAAUGAUUAAAAAGAGGCGGUGCGGUGUGGGACGUGACGCUGUGGAGAGGGAUCGCUUGGCUUAUGUUGCUUAUUCACUAGAGCUGGCGUCUGAAUCUUUCCAAGUGUACCAGCAAUGCAAAAAAAUAAAUAAACAUAAUAUAGACUGAGUCACAUGCUGUCAUUUAGUGUGCACAAGGCUCUGGAGUUUAAUUAGCAGGUUAUUUUUAGCCGAAGUAAAACCAUGACAGGGUCCAUCCUGGAGUGUUUUAUUCGUCCGAGUACAGCUUUUCUUUUAUAGUUGCUCUGGAACAUCUACAAAACACGCUCUCACUUAUGUUACAGCAGCUAUAAACAGUCAUUCCUUCAUCAGCGCCCCUGGACACCACGGGAGACUCCUUCUAUAAAUGUUACAGAAUGGCAUGUGUUUUAACCCCUUUCUUAGCAAGAUCCUCCACCUUCCAAUAAAAACAGCGUUAUGGAA